AUGGGAGGAGUGGAUCUAUUGGACUCUAUGCUUGGUUACUAUCGCAUCAAAAUUAGAUCCAAGAAAUGGUAUCUCCGCAUUUUCUUUCAUUUCAUAGAUAUGUGCGUUGUAAAUAGUUCGCUUUUAUGGAGAAGGCACAACAAGCUUCAUAUGUCACUUGCAGAUUUCAAGGUAGCUAUUGCAGAUGCCUUAUGUAAUAGUGGAAAGUCUGCAUUGAGUAGAAAAUGUGGACGACCUAACGCCAAUCUUGAACAUGCCUAUUUAGAAAAAACAAAACGUAGACCUACGGCUGAAAGUCCCCAUGUUGAAGUUAGGAAGGACGGAAUGGAUCAUUUGCCGGAAUGGAGAGAAAAUGAAAGAAACCGAUGCAGACAUCCCGACUGCAAAUACCAGUCAUAUAUUUAUUGUGUGAAAUGCCAAGUACCGUUCUGCCUAAAUAAAGACAGAAAUUGUUACUUACGAUUCCACACCGAAUAACUGCAUGAGAAUUGUUGUUAGUGCAUAGUGUUUCAUAUAUGGUACAUACUCUUUUUUUGUAAAAUUUUGAAUAAAAACUCAACAACGAUUUUUU